UUUUUUUUUUUUAUUGUCCUUUAUUGACUGAAUUUUCUCUUUCAAGUUGAUCAUGGUACAGCGGACCAACCAAGGUCUUUUAGCCAUUUUGGCUCAAACGAAAUUCUUUGUUUCUUUGGUGACUUUGAUGCUAGUACUUUAUACACAAUCUGUACAUGUUGUCUAUUUUGUGGUUGGAUCUUGUAGUACUGCAGUACUUGCGAAGAUAUUGAAACGUUAUUGGCAACAACCUCGACCGUAUGGACAAGAUGGUUAUGGGAUGCCUUCGACUCAUUCCCAAGUGAUCAUGUUUUUCGCCACUUAUUUUCAAUGUGUAGGCACAAACACCAUGCCUUGGCUAGUGUUGAUAGUGUCUUUAUUUUCCCUGGCUGUAGUAUGGUCCCGUGUACAGCUGAAAUAUCAUACCCUCACUCAAGUCUUGGUUGGUUCAGUCUUGGGUGUUCUUUCCGCUUUACUAUGGUACACUGUCUGGUCUCUAAUACUUCAUCCCAUGGCUAUUUCCCUUAGCAUAGAUUCGUUUGAUAUGAAGGAUGAUCGGAUACGUAGAUAUAUUUAUGUAGAUAAAUAGAUAGACAUUAAUACACCCAAUUCCCUCGUUAUUCAUCAUUAUCAUUGUAGACAUCCCGUAUUUCUUAGGUAGAUAGAUAGAUAGAUAGUCAAUAUGGUAGUAUUUAUU